GUUAGGUUAGAGCGCCUGCGCGGCGGGGUUCUCGGUCGCCAGCCAUUCCUGUGGAGGACUGCGGGUCGUUCGGACGUUUUGCCUGUCGCUGUAGGAGAGGUCCCGUCUCUCCGAGAAGGCGGUUGCGGCGGCAAAAUGAAGAUUUUUGUGGGCAAUGUCGAUGGGGCGGAUACGACGCCGGAGGAGUUGGCAGCCCUCUUCGCGCCCUAUGGCACGGUCAUGAGCUGCGCCGUCAUGAAACAGUUUGCCUUCGUGCACAUGCGCGAGAAUGCUGGCGCGGUGCGCGCCAUCGAGGCCCUGCAUGGCCACGAGCUGCGCCCAGGUCGCGCGCUCGUGGUGGAGAUGUCGCGCCCGAGGCCCCUGAACACUUGGAAGAUUUUCGUGGGCAAUGUAUCGGCUGCAUGCACAAGUCAGGAAUUGCGCAGCCUCUUCGAGCGCCGUGGACGCGUCAUCGAGUGUGACGUGGUAAAAGGUAAUUGGCGUUCCGGGUAACCAAUCAGGAAGAGGAUCUCCGGGAACGCCAGCCUUUUACUUUACCGAACGGCCAAUCCGGUGGGUAGGUUCACCCCUCUUUCUAC